UUUAGAAUCAUGUUUCACAGAAAAUACCAGUUCGAUUUUGUUUUUCACAAUAAAUUUUGAUUCUGCUUAAUUUGCUAGCUUUGUCAACCUUCUAGCAGAAAGAAAGUGUUGAUCCUGAUCCCCUCACCGCAUCUUUUAAAUUUAUCGGCUAAUGACUCGAUUAAUUUGACUUAUGGUAGCUUAAGCCUCUACUCGAUUUUUUUCAUCAAUUUCAGCCAUGAAUAAUGAAACGCUCGUCUGUGUCCCAGGCCAACGGCUCAGUAUAGCUGACAAAAGCCAUUUGUCAGGUCGUGGCACAUACGAACGCUUAGGAUACAUUUAUGCGACUCUAGCUGGUGUUGUGAAGGUUGUAAAACAAGACAAAGCUUCUUUGAUAGAAGUGCGCAGUUCUAAUGAACAAAGUAUAGUCCCUGCUCCUGGGGAUAUAGUGACGGCUAAGAUCACAUUAGUGAAGCAACGUUUCUGCAAAUGUAUUAUAAAGUGUAUAGGCGACACUGUGCUAUCUCGUCCUUAUCGAGGCAUGCUGCGCAAGGAAGAUGUGCGAGCAACAGAAAAAGACAAAGUUGAAAUGAUUAAAUGCUUCCGUCCAGGAGACAUUAUUUUAGCCAGAGUUUUACCCAUGACUGAGGUCCAUUCCUACCAGCUUUCUACUGCUGAAGAUGAACUAGGAGUGGUGUUAGCUGACAGUGAAGAGGGAAUGUCCAUGGUGCCAGUGAGCUGGACAGAGAUGCAGUGCCCUAAGACACACAUAAAAGAACUGAGGAAGGUGGCUAAAGUACUACCAGAAAGACUUAGUACUGUGUAAUAUGUUAAAUGAUUGAAAGGAGAAAAAAUAUAAAUAAUACAUGUAUAUUUAAUUUUU